AUGGAAGUGGUGGAAAUACCAAGGAGCUCCAUUCCUAAUUUCGCUCGAGGGCUCAACAUUUUGCUGGUGGAUGAUGAUACAGCGUUCCUCAUGUACCUAGCAUCAUUGCUUGAACAAUACACAUAUAAGGUUACCACCACUCGACUAGCAUCUGUUGCUUUGUCCAUGAUCCGAGAACAAAAGGACAAGUUCAAGCUUGUUAUGACUAAUGUUAACGUGCCAGAUAUGGACGGUCACAAAUUCAUGCGCCAGCUAUUCAGCAAGAAGAUUCCUGUUAUCGCAAUAUCCUCAGAAAGAAGUGUGAGUGUUGCAUGCAAGGCGAUCAACGCAGGUGCAUCUCUGUGUCUUGAUAAACCAAUAUCUUUGUAUGAUCUCAAGUACCUGUGGCAAUAUAUAUUCGAGAGGACAACAAUCUGUCGAGCGAAGGUGAAUAUUAGAAAUAAAUCUCAAGGCACAGUAGUAAGGGAUGAAGAUGGAAAGACUGAAGUUCCCAAUGGAAUUGCCUUGCAUGGAGCAGCUGGCUAUCAAAUUGCUACGGCGCCUGGUUCAAAAGGAAAGGAUCAAGUUGUUGGCUUUAAAGACUUGGAUGCCACUAAUCGUCAAGAUAUGAUGGCUGGUCUUGAAGUCUUCGAAGAUGGUGCCAAUCAUCAACAGGUGAAGGCUGAUCCUAAAGGUAAGUUUAAGCAAUAUGAAGGGAAAGUCUUGAAUGGUACUGCUAAUUAUCAGCAAAUGAUCAUCCCUAAUGCUAAUUCUGGAGAUCAAGGUAAGCAAGUUGAUGCGCAAGUCUUGCAUGGUAUUAUUAAUUAUAACCAAUCGAUGACUCAGUUGAAGACGCAAGAGAGGAAAAUUGGAGUGGAACAAGUUGCCUUAGUGAAGGAAAAUUACACUAGAGAAGCAGAAAGUAUCGCCAUUGAAAUGACGUCAGGGCUAGCAGAAAUCCAAAAACAAGAUGCUUCAGUGAUAACUAAAAGCCAACAGCAAAGUGGAUCAAAGAGGCCGACUGAUGGUGAUGAAGGACGUCAAAGCAAGGAGAGAAAAGUUGAAGCUAACUCAGAAAUAAUAAGUUCCAGUGGUACAACAAUUAAUCUGGAGAAACAAAAAGAAAGUGAAUGCAACAAGGGUAAGGAGACAGAAAUGUUCAAGAACAAUAUUAAUGCUGACGGCUCCACAGAGAAACGACACCGUGCCGUUUGGGAUCAUGACCUUCAGACGAAAUUUAUGUCUGCCAUCAGUGCAUUAGGGGACCAAAGAGCUCGUCCGAAAAAUAUACUAGAGAAGAUGAAUGUGGCCUCUUUGUCCCAACUCCAGGUUUCCAGUCAUCUGCAGAAAUACAAAGCUCAAAUACGGCAUAUUUACGACCAUGCCACCACAUAUUCUUCCGCAUUGAACGAGCCAUCCCCUGUUAAUAAUGAAACUGCAGAAGUUCCAGUCCUUGAAAAGACUGGUUCAGAGAGGGGUCAAGUAAGAAACCAAGGUUCUGACUACGGAAUUGAAGGAGACAAAUAUGGGAUCUUGAAGGCACCUACAGAUGGUGUUAAUCAAGAUAUCCUUUCUUCAUUUCUAUCAGGAAACAAGAACGAGACUCCACUGAUGUCUGCUGGGGCCUCACUAGGGCAGCAGGUUUAUGGAGGAGGUCAUUUCACCAUAGAGAAAGUUGCCGAUGCAAUCAAGUUAGCAACAACCUCAACUGCUAAGAACCAAAAGCUGGAUUGUGUAAAACCUCAAAAUCCUACUUCAGGACGUCCUGUGCCUGAUACAAUCAAGCUCCCAACAAACUCCACUGACAAGAACCCAAAUCUGGAUCCCAAAGUUUCAAAUCCUGAUCCAUACAACGUGACCAAUACGGACGAAUUUACGAAAGACUUGAAUGAAGUGAUUCAAGAGCUGGAUGCUAUAGAAGUUUCAGAUCCACAUUCUAGUUCAUUAAAUCACAAUCAGCCUUUAUCAGAUUUUACCUAUAUGCUCAAAUUGCUUGAGAAAGAACCUAUCGACUCCAUCGGUUUAACUGAUGAUCCAAACCAAGAUGAGGUUGCUUGCUACCUUGAGUCACUAUCAGAAUUUUUCCUUGGGAACGACUGUCCACAACCAUGA